AUGGAGAACACGAGAAAAUCUUUGUUGAUAUUCGGAUCACAAAUUGCUUACAGCGAGAAGGCAGUAAAUGAUAUCAAAACGACAUUGCAGAACAAGUUGUCUCGCCAAUGGGUACUCGAUACACUGGCAGGAUUGCCGAAAUAUUGGGAUGCCUUGGCCGAAGAACUCCCGAAGAUCACAGACGCCAUCGGCUCCCACAGAAGACAGCUCCUGGAGGACCUUGGCCCAUGGCUUGAAAGCACUGGAAACAAAACCCUAGGCGUGCAAGGGAACGCACUGCCUGGCGUGGCAUUUGUGCCGUUGAUUGUGCUCCAACAGCUCACCGAGUACCGUCGAUACCUGCAAGCCAGCAACGAAGGGGGAAACUCUGAUCCUCAAGUAGCUCUAACCGCCAAUAAGCCGCCUGCAGUCGGGUUCUGUGUGGGCUUACUAGGCGACUAUGCCGUCGCAAGCGCGCAUAAUAUAGAAGAGCUCGACAAAUACGGCGCCGUAGCAGUACGUCUGGCCAUGCUAGCAGGCGCCCUUAGUGACGCUCAGGACACAUGGAACCCACAUAGGACAUACGUAGUGGCAUGGACUAAUGUGAAACAACAGCAGGACCUGCAUCGCAUCGUCGAUAGCAUUUCCCCUGAUGCCUACAUUUCACUGCUAUUUGACGAGGCGCGAGCAACGGUCACGGUCUCAGAGCGAGCUGCAGCAAGGUUCACCAGAAAGGCUCGUACCGCUGGAGUCGUUUUAUCUGACACAAGUUUUCGAGGCGAGCUGCACAGCCCAAAGGUGCAGUCCAAGAAACAAAUCCAAGACCUUGUUGCCUUUUGCAAUAAUAGGCACGACCUUCAGUUUGCGGAGGCCGAUCAUCUGGCGUUGACGACCUUCACCAACGCCGGAGACGGCAAGCCUAUUGCAUCUGGUGGUGGCUCCCUCCAUGCACAUGCUUUGGAGACUCUGUUCGUGCGACAGUGCGACUGGUACGGGACAUUUGCAGCCUUAAAGGCAAGGUAUCUUAACGACGGCGAGUCUUCAGUGAUAACCUUCGGCCCCGGUCGAUGUCUGCCGCCGACUCUUGUGCGCAACAUGGGGUCGCGGCCGGUGCACUUCGCCGACGUUCAUGAACAGCCCAGCAGCCAGGAGGACCAUAGUUCCGUCAAGUUCAAUGAUGAUGACGACGCCAUCGUCAUCGUCGGCAUGUCCAUCAAAGUCUCGGGCGCCGAUGACCUCGAGGAGUUCUCCCAGCUCCUCCACAAGGGCACCACGCAACACGAGAAGGUAACGCGGGAACGCUUGAAUUUUGACUCGCUUUUCCGCGAGCCCGACACCCGCGAUUACUUCUGCAACUUCGUGCGGGAUGUCGACGCCUUCGACAACAGGUUCUUCAAGCGCAGCCCGCGCGAGUCAGCCGCCAUGGAUCCCCAACACCGUCUUCUUCUCCAAGCAGCGUACCACGCCGUUGAGCAGGCCGGCCUUUUUACUGAGACCACGCGAGCUGGGCAGAAGGACAAAGAUAGGAACCACGUUGGUGUGUACAUUGGCUCGCCAUCAGUCGACUAUGAGCAUAAUGUAGCUACCCAUCCACUGAAUGCUCUCAUGGCUACGGGCAACUUGCAGAGCUACCUUCCCGGACGCGUGGCAAACCAUUUUGGCUGGACAGGCCCAGCUAUAGCCUUCGACACGGCAUGUUCAUCAUCAGCCGUCGCCAUCCACACUGCCUGCAGCAGUCUCCGUAAUGGCGAGUGCUAUGCAGCGCUGGCCGGCGGCGUCUGUAUACUGACCAACCCACAUUGGUUCCAGAACCUGACGGCAGCGAGUUUUCUGAGUCCCACCGGCCAAUGCAAACCAUUUGAUGAGAAGGGGGAUGGCUACUGCCGUGCCGAGGGCAUCGCCUGCGUCUUCCUCAAACGCAUGGGUGACGCGCGAGCAGACGGCAACCCGAUCCUUGGUCGCCUGCUCAGCUCAGCCGUGUAUCAAAACCAGAACCACACGCCCAUCUUCGUUCCUAACUCGCCAUCGCUGGCGCAUUUGUUUGGGGACGUCGUUAAUAAGGCAGGUGUGUCGCCUUCAGACAUUGCGCUUGUCGAAGCCCACGGUACAGGCACAGCCGUGGGCGACCCAGCUGAGUGGGCGGCGCUACGGAAGGCGGUUGGCGGUCCGAUCCGGCCGCGGCCAUUGCCAGUGGGCUCAGUCAAGGGGCACAUCGGACAUACUGAAGGCACGUCGGGCGUCAUCUCACUUAUCAAGGUCUUGAUGAUGAUACAUGAAGGAUAUAUCCCACCACAGGCCAGCUUUAACAAGCUGAACGCGACGAUUAAAGCCGCAGCUGACUCGGAUAUGAUGGAGAUUGUGACCUCACUUCGAAGCUGGGAUAGCCGGAACAAGGUGGUGCUGAUCAACAACUAUGGUGCCUCAGGGUCUAAUGCGGCCAUGGUAGUGGCAGCUCCACCGACUAGCACCAGCGAGAGUCGGGAUGUGGCAUCAUCUAUCAUGAGGCAACUAGAUGGACGGCUGCCCUUCUUCAUCUCUGGAUUCGAUGGACGAGCCGUGAAGGAAUAUGCCGUCAAGCUCGCGGGUCUCAUCAAGCACCAGUCCAAGUCAACGCUGGCUGAUCUAUCCUUUAAUAUCAACCGGCAAAGUAAUCCAGACCUGCCACAGCGAUUCCUCGUCCGCUGUCGUUCCGUGAGUGAGCUACAGGAGGCACUCUCAAGUGUAUCUGAACACAACAUGAUGAACACGCAGGCCGAACGGCCCGUUGUGCUGUGUUUUGGGGGUCAGGUCUCAACUUUUGUUGGCCUCGACCGCAAGCUCUACGACGGCAUCACCGUCUUCCGCCACCAUCUCGAUGAGUGCGAUAAUAUCGUCCAAGAUGAGCUGAGUCUUCCGAGCAUCUUUCCUGACAUAUUCUCCCGCACACCCCUACCCGAUCCCGUACGACUACAAGUCACACUUUUCGCCAUGCAAUAUGCCAGCGCCCGAAGUUGGAUAGACUGUGGGCUGUCCGGCAAAAUCGUUAGCGUCGUCGGCCACAGCUUUGGCGAGCUCACGGCGCUGUGUAUCUCUGGCGUGCUGAGUCUCAAGCAUGCUCUCACCUUGGUUGCUCUUCGUGCACAGCUCGUGCAUGAUGCCUGGGGUGGUGAUAAGGGAAGCAUGAUGGCGGUUGAGGCCGACGAGUCGCUCGUCCGAAGUCUCCUAGAGUAUGCGGGUCGACAACUUGAUAACCCUCCAAGUAUAGCCUGCUACAAUGGCCCCCGAAGUUUCACCUUGUCGGGCACUGUUACAGCCAUCGAUACUCUGGCCGAGGUCAUUGCCAGCAAUAGCCAUCAAUUUUCAGCUAUCAAAAGUAAGAGACUCAAUGUCACUAACGCAUUCCACUCGUCCCUCGUUGAUCCGCUCCUUGAUCGUCUGGAGCAGGUUGGCAACGACCUCGAGUUCCACGAGCCUUUGAUUCACAUGGAGCGAGCUACUGAGACUGCCUUUGCUGGGCCGAUAACAGCAAAGUUUGUCCCGGACCACAUGCGCUACCCUGUCUUCUUCUCCCAUGCUAUACAGCGUAUCGCCAAAAAGCACCCGUCCGCCAUCUUCCUUGAGGCAGGGUCGAGCUCGACGAUCGCCAUCAUGGCAAGCCGUGCGCUUGCCGAACAGGCUAGUAAAUCGCACCACUUUGAAUCCGUCAGUGUAACGAAUGAGAAGGGCCUCGACGGUCUCACUGAUGCUACCGUCUCGCUCUGGAGACAGGGGUUGCGAGUCGCCUUUUGGGCACACCACAGUCUGCAAACGAACGACUAUACACAUAUCCUCUUGCCGCCGUACCAGUUCGAGAAGGCACGGCAUUGGAUGGAAUUUAAAUCCGCGACUGAUUUGGUGGCAGGCUUGACGCAAGACGCACCCGUGAGCGACCCCAAGAGUAUGCCGCUAUGGGAGUUCGUUGGCUACCAAGGAAACGGCACCACGCACCCGCGUUUCCGCGUCAACCUGGUAUCCGAAAAGUUCAAGAAACUCGUCUCCGGUCAUGUCUUCGCUCACACAGCGCCCGUACUAUCUGGAACGGUCCAGUCGGACAUGGCAGUUGAAGCCAUCUUCAGUAUUCAUCCAGACUGGAAAAAACAAGGCAUGAUACCUACGAUGAUCGAGGCCAACAUUCCUACACCCAUCUGCGUCGACUCAUCCCGAAAAGUCUGGAUCAAUUAUGAGGCUCUCGAUGCGGAGCAAACCCUGUGGCAGCUGAAUAUCUCGAGCACCAGUGCUGAAGGCACCCUGCCCAGGAGACAUCUCCAUGGACGUCUCCAUAUUCGCUCCCCCAGCGAUCCCGCCUUUAUCGCCCAGUUUGCGCGCUUUGAGCGACUUGUCCCUUAUGAGCAAUGUGCAAAACUGUUGGCUGAGGCCGGUGGGCCUGGUGUCGACGUCCUGCAGGGCCGUCAAGUGUACCGGGCCUUCUCCGAGUUCAUCGAGUACUCAGAUCAGUACAACGCCAUGUACGCCGUUGUUGGCAAGAAAACCGAAUGCGCGGGGCGGGUGCACCGUCGUCAUGCCGGCGAGAGCUUUCUCGACAUCGCCCUCCAUGAUUCGUUCAAGCAGGUCUCCGGCCUCUUCUUGAACUGCAUGUCGGAUGCACAGCCCGGCGAAAUACACAUCGGAAGCGACGUUGAGCUCGUUAUGCGCUCGCCACGCGGCAUUCUUCAGCCAGGACAGACACAGGAUGUUUGGCAUGCGUAUGCACGACAUUCUCAAAUCUCGGCCAAGGUGUACAUGGCAGAUGCAUUCGUCUUCAAUGCCGCCAAUGGGGAGCUAGUCGAGGUUAUACUGGGGCUGCAGUAUACGCGUAUGAGCAUUGAAUCAAUGAAAAGGCUCUUGAUGAACCUCACUAAGGACGAAUGGGCCUUGAAAAUGAACACUACUGGUGCAACAGUAGCAAGUCCCACGCCCAGAGUCCCUCAACCUAUCGUGGGUAACAACAACUCGAAGAAGCCGCAGGAGAAUCAGGCGGAGGCCGAGAAGAAGUCAUCUCAAUCACCGAAGUCCAACCUCACAUUGGAGGUCAAAAGAGUACUUGCGAGCGUCGUAGGCGCAGAGGUUGAUUCCAUUACUAUCGAUACGAUAGCUGCCGACAUUGGCAUCGACUCGUUGAUGGGAAUCGAGCUACUUCGCGAAAUCAAUUCGGCGUUCCACUGCCAGCUGGACCUGCCAGAGCUACUAGCCGCCACUACCGUGGGCAAUAUAGUCACUCUGGUUGCAAGCGCCUUGUCACAAGGUACUGUAGAAAUCACAGGUUAUGACGACGAAGAUAACGUAACUGAGUCGAGCCAUGAUGAUAGUCGGUUCACCAUGUCUACAUCUUCCACUUCAGAGAUAGACACUGCUACCUUGGGUGUUGAUUCAUAUCCUAUCAAAGAUAUACAUUCCGAAGAACAUGCGAGACGAGAUGUUACAGCACGCGAGGCUGAGGCCGAGAGGUAUGUGGUAAAAUAUACGGCUGGUUGGAUACCUGCCCAGCCAUUGUAUACGAGUGAAGCCAUCGCGAACUCCCAUGAUGCUACCAUCAUAGUCACAGGUGCCACUGGAAGCCUAGGCGCACACGUUGUCGCCGCUCUCGCCUCGCAUCAAUCGGUUAAGACGGUCGUCUGCAUCAACCGACACCGUCCCACGCCGGUUGAAACCCGUCAGGACGUCGCUCUCUCCACUCGAGGCAUCACACUCACACAAGAAGCCAGGUCCAAGUUGCGUAUCCUAGAAACCGACACGUCUCAGCCGCAGCUAGGUCUUAAAACCUCUGAGUACCAGUGGCUUACGCAACACGGCUCACACAUUGUGCACAGCGCGUGGCCUCUAAGCGGUUCGCGGCCCAUGUCUGCCUUUGCAUCGCAGUUCCAGACCCUGCGCAACCUGCUCGACCUCGCUCGUGAUAUGGCUGUCCACCGUCGGGUAGGCUUCCAGCUGAUCAGCUCCCUUAGUGUUGUUGGGCGCUCGAAGGAGCCGCUUGUACCAGAACGCCGCGUCUCCAUGGAUUCUGUCUUGCCCCCAGGGUAUGGUGAGGCCAAAUGGGUGUGCGAACGAAUGCUGGAAGAGACGGUCCAUAAGCACCCUACACUGUUCCGAGCCAUGGCCGUUCGGCCAGCACAGAUUGCGGGUUCAUCUACGAGCGGCGUCUGGAACUCAGUUGAGCAAAUCCCCUUCAUCGUCAAGUCGGCGCAGUCGCUGGGCGCCUGGCCCAACUUCCUCGGCGCUGUUCGGUGGAUCCCUGUCGAUGCCGUAGCUGCAGUCCUUGUCGAUUUGUUAUACAUCGGAGAAGACAAGACAGCGCCAGACCCAUGGCCCAUCUAUCACAUUGAUGACCCAGUCGGCCGGCCAUGGAAAGAGAUAUCAUCCAUUCUAGCCGACGCGCUAGACAUUCCGUCUAGUCAGUUCAUGCCAUUUAAAGAGUGGCUCAGUACAGUUGCUAGCUCGUCCAAAUCGGAGACGGAGAACCCAGCCAAGAGAUUGGUGGACUUUCUGGGGCAGAAUUUUGAGCAGUUGUCCUGUGGUGGGCUGGUUCUGGAUACGACGAAGGCACAGAAACAUUCUGCAACCAUGCGGGCUUUGGCGCCGGUGAGUGUCGAAGUAGCCAGCCGCUACAUCAAGGCUUGGAAAGAGACUGGAUUCCUCGCCUCUUGA